ACCGUGUGGGAACCAGAGCGCCCCGCAAACUCAGGCCAAGCCGACCGAUCUCAGCUCUCCUCCGCUGGCUCUUCCUUGGACACGGUCAUUCCGAAUCGUGGCCACUGCUGGUACUGUGGACAGCCCUGGCUUGACAAGGAGCCUGCGCAAGGCUCUGGCAAUCGGGUUUCCGCAGGGCCUCUCGAGGCCGGGGCCGGGCCUUCCUUGUUCCAGCGACUCGAAGCUGCUGGAAUCGGGCCCUGGCAGAUAGCUGAGCUAAAAAGAAGCGCGGGACUGAGUGGUCAUGAAGGGGAACACAGCGGAAGCGAGGACAACCAACGCUGUGAAGAAGCCCAAGAAGACGACACGAUUUCCACAGGAGAGUCGAGGAAAUGGACAAGCCUGCCCGACGACGUGGAGGAGAUCAGGGCCAGAGCAACAGAUCUUAUGGCCGGUAUCGUGCGCAAAUAUAGCUAUGUCAGCAUGUCCUCGCUGACGAGGGCUCGCGAGAUCGGGUACUUGUCGUGCAUGAUGCCCAUUCUGGUCCUCUUGGCCGGACAGGUUUGGCAAAAGCCUACGCAUGGUCUGACGAUGACACGGCCUGUCAAGCUCGCCCCCGGCCCAGCUCAGAGCCAAGACCGCCAAGUUCUGGGAGCCGUCCCUCGCGUGGGACUCGAUCACGUCCCAGAGUUCGCAAGCCUGCAGCUUGUGGAGUCAGACAUGCUUUCACAGAACUCACCGGGCUUGCCUGGCGCACCGAGGCAUUCCGAUGUCAAAACGGACGCCAAGCGCGAGGACUCAGAAGAGCGUGCCCUGAGGAGGAUCUUUGCCCAGAAGCCCAUGGUGGUUGAGGCGCGCCUUCUGGAAGAAGUUGCUCGAUACACCCGUGAGUGUGAGAAGCAAGUGUCUGUCACCGGGCUUGCCGGUGGCUACGCCAUCGCAGACCCUUCGCCCGAGCAGGAGAUGGCAGCUGCAGGCACUAGCAAUGUCAUCGAUGAAUUCCUGUACAAGUUGGAGAAGGAGUGUGACCAGCCUCAGCCCGAGGAGGUUUCGAGGCCUGCCACGGCCCAGUCGGCACGUCUGGUGGGUCUUCAGUCGGAGCUCGGAGAGGCCAAUCCGAACCCAGCACCGGCGCCGGCCCGUCAAGUCAUCGGGGUGCGAGGAGCUGAGCGGCUCGCGGAGCAGGUGGAAGAGCUUCGGGCCAAGAUGGCGACUGUACUCCGAGAGAACCGGAAGCUCAAGGAAACCAUCGAGGUGAAAGACCAAAAGAUCAGAAAGCUGUUGGAUGAUAUUGAAAGGAUUCGCAAGGAUCCCAAUGUCAUGCACCCAAGUAUUCUGCGAUUACGCAAGAUGGGGCUCAACACUCCUGCACUGGCAGAACUGGGCGACCGAUGGGCAGGAUACGUCUUGGGCCGGACCUCUAUGGCCAUGGAGGUCGGAAGCUUCUCCUUCAGAAAUGUGUUCGCAGCGCAUGCAACCAACGGUGUUCUGACUGAAGAGUCCUUCAAGACAGUCUUGAGACAGUUCGAGCCGUCCAUCAAGAGCGACCAGUUGACGCGACUUUGGUACUUCGCCGACGAGGACGGCAGUGGCAGGAUCGACCUCUUCGAGUUCAUGAGAAUGGCCGGUGUGAACUCCAAUGGAGAGAUGACGGAUGAGUACUACGAGGUGGUGACCAUGCACCUCUACCGCAAGUUCCAUGCACGGGGCGGCGUCCGACGUGUCUACGCCACUGCCGACAAGAACUGGGAUCAACAUCUGAACUUGGCCGAGUUUCACAAGCUCGUGCAGGUCCUCUUGAAGGAUGCUCAGCUCACAAAGCGUGAGAUAUCCCAGGUCUUCCAGAGGAUGAAUGUCUCUGGAUCAGGGAUGUUGAGCGUGUACGAGCUUGAGGCCGCCUUGGAAGCGGCCGGAGCCAAAUGCCACGUCUCAGAAGCCUGGGUGAAAGAGACCUUCCAUCAGCUAUCGACGCUGAUUCAGGAUGCAGGCUUGAACAUCAAGUCGGUUUUCCCUCCCGGGCUUGUCGUGGAAAAGGAGUUUCGAGACGUCGCUCUACGAUUUUUGACCCAGCUUCGUCCUUCGCAGCUGGACCGACUCUGGAAGUACUUGCAGGCCACGUGUGCCGAUGACGCCGUUCAAGUCAGGCAUGCUGGUGGCGACCGAGAUCGCUUGCCAUCUGACAGUGUCGUAGCGGUUGUUUUCGGGCCCACGCUGACAAGCAGUCCGAACGAGCUGUCAUCUCCUGGGCUUCAAGGUGCAGGAGCUGCAGGCUAUUACGGCCCUGCCGGAGGUGUUGGCCGUGAGGCGUUAGAGCAGUUGGUGCAGCAGCUCGUCCGACGAGCCGGAGACGUCUCGCCGGACGUGUGCUUCGACACCUUGAGCCCCUUCAUCACAGCAGAGCACUUCCAGGAGAUGCUGUCAACCAGGCUGGGACUGCAUUACGACCCCGUGAAGGCCAAGCAGGUGUUCAAGCUGAUCGAUUCCGAUCGGGACAGUAAAAUCACGCGGUUGGAAAAGCAGGCAAAGCAAGCGGACAGUCAAGCACAUUUCAAGGAUACGAGCAGCACGUGCUGCAACUGCGGGGCAUCUGGUGCCGCCUUUCUCUGCAGUCGUUGCCACAAUGUGCGAUUUUGCUCGCCAGCAUGUCAGCGAAAAGCCUGGAAGGGACAUCGCGAGAACUGUGCAGAGAAGGGGCUUGAUGAAUGGGUCAUUGUGCUACACACGGAUGCUCUGCCUGGCAACGAUGCUGGUACUGUGACUGCCGGUGCCGAGGUUGCAAAGAAAGCCUGCAGAGACAAUGACUUUGGAGGAAUGGUGGCCUGGAGUCGUGUUUUCUUCCUUCGAAGAGAGCCUGUUGCGAAACUUGUAGCAGCAGCGCAUCAUGCACAGGGCACACAUCUUUGGCUUCCAGUGUAUUCAUUGCUAGAGAUGGACAAGGCGACGCCGAAGCCUCUGCCAACUGCAUUGCCUGAAGUGGUCGUGGAAGGGGCAAAGCCGGUGCACAAAUUCGCGGGCCUCUCAGUGGCAGACAUGGACGAGAACUUCCACAACAGCACGCCAGUUGUCCUCACUGAUGCGCAGGACUCAUGGCCGGCACGACGGAAGUGGACUUUCGAGUGGCUUGCAGAACAGUAUGGGGACGAAGUGAUGCCCUGCAGCGAUCUGGCGCCAUUCUUUCGCCAUUGCGACCGUGGCAACAUCCGUACGGUGCAGGCCCCUCUUCGGGAAUUUGUGCGCUACGUUCAAGGUCGUCCCAAUAUCUUUGGACCGUUGCAAGCCCCUGACCGGGUUUUCUAUGCAAACGGUUGGACACCUUUUCUCGAUCACACAGAGCUGCUUUCGGAUGUAUCUGAUCGCUUGUACUGCGUCUCGGAUUCCAUACCAGCUGGAGACGGCCCUGCCAAAGUCUUCAAUGCAAGUUUGACAAAGAUCUUCAUGGGUCCAGCCGGAACGGUUUCGCGUCUUCACCACGACACGUACGCGACACACGUUUGGUUGUCUCAGAUUCGUGGCAGGAAGCAGUUUAUCUGCUAUCCGCCCGGAGAGACUCAUCUGUUGCACAGCCUACCGGUUGACGAGGUGGAUGGUCGUACAUCUCUCUUUGAUCCUUCAAAUCCAGACUACACGCGCUUUCCGGACGCCCGCAGAGCACAAGCAUACAGUGUGGUGGUUGAAGAAGGACAAACAGUCAUUCUGCCAGCCCGCUGGUGGCACUGGGCGAAAAGUCUUACUCCUUCAAUCACACUGAUGAGAAAUUUCGUGAACCACGCGAACAUUGAAGAUCAUGUUGAGAUUCGGAAACGGGCAGAGAAGGCAAGGUGGGGCAUAGUUCGUGCAUUGACACUUGACAAAAGGUUCCGGCUCAUGUUCAAGGCCCUUGCUCCAGAUUCCCACACCUUGACAACUCGGGAGUCUCUCGAGGAUGACUUCGAGAAAGAAGAGCAGCACCAGGUCCAGAGACUCCAGAACCGAGUCCUACUGCUCCAACGAGAGGUGCAGGAACUGCGUGGACCUUCUGAGCGUGGCCACUUGGAACCCACGGUCCCCGAGAAGCAGUUUCAGCAGCUGAGCCAAGCCCACGGCAAGGUCGCCAACCACUUGCAGGCAUUGCGAGCUCAGCUGCAAGCCGUCAGCAGCUCUCGCAGCACUAUCCUGCAUGAUCUCCAGUCCUCUAGUGCAGGGAGGGUGUGGGACCAUGCGCCGCUCUCCGCAGCAGCCAUGGGGUGCACUGGAGGAAAGGCAGAGGAGCAGCCUAAAGCUUCGAGAUGGUACAGCCACGUUCUGCAGCACCACUUGACGGCGCACUGGACAUCCAAGAAAAUGGAAGUGGAGUAUCGGACUCGAUACCUGCCCUUUGAAAUACGAGGGGCUGGGGUGCUUGUCAAGGAAGACGAGCGCCACUUCCGCAUUGACAACAGCAAGCUAGGAGAGAGCGCUCAGGGAGUGUGUUACCGCCUCUCCAAAGAUGCCAGUGACAAAGAUUUCGAACACGUCGCAUUUUGGAACAGCAUUGUCGCUGGAAAAGACACUGGCGAUGGUUGGCUCCUAUGUGACCUUGAUAGUGAGAACCUGGAGCUGUUGGAUCAGCUGGACCGAGAAACUCCACUGGAGACGCUCAGCUCGAAGUUUUUCAGGAGUUGCAUGGUGUGUUGCUCCACAAGCUCGAACAUCGAUGGUCGAUGGAUCUCCAAUGUAUUCCCAGGGCAGAAGACUAUUCGCGGUGCUUUGGUAAAUGACGGGGCUGUCACCCGCCCCCUGACUUGGGAUGGUCUGAAUGCUUUUUCAGUCAUUGUCGCAGGAGAGAAGCGGAGAGCUAGGCUGGUGGACGAUCGGCUGUUGUGGCACGACGGAGAGCUUUGGACCCGUGAUCAUCGUGACAUGGACGUGGUGAAGCCAACCGAGAAAUUGGGCAAGGACCUGGAGACAACCAACGCCAAAUUCCAGUGUGUUUGCCAAAAAGGCCUGAAACCUGGCAGCUCGAACCAAGAUGCAUGGAGCCUUCUGCGGGUAGAAAAUGAGUUUACCCUCUACACCGUUUGCGAUGGUCAUGGGCCACAUGGACACGAUGUGGCGAAUUUUGUGAAGAACAACUUGCCGAGAGUCCUUAUCAAAGAUCCGCGUUUCAAUGGCACCGGCAGCUUUGGCUGCAUGGGUCCUGUCUUUCUUGACGCCUUCCGCCUCUGUCACAUGCUGAUCGACACUGCUGACUCCUUUGGCAAGCUGGAUGCGCUUUGGUCCGGUACGACGGCGACAACCAUCCUGCAUAACCACCAGACUGGCCAGUUGCUGCUUGCACAUGCCGGGGACAGCAGUGCUGUUGUCGGAAGCCAAAGCGGCAAGGAGGUUCGUGCUCGUCAACUUACCCGGGACCACAAGCCAUCUUUGUGUGACGAGCGAGACCGGAUUGUGGCAUGGGGCGGCAGGAUUGAGUUCGAUGGCUUUGCCGAUUACCGUGUCUAUGACAAAGAUGGCUAUGGUGCAGGUCUGAAUAUGACCAGAUCCCUGGGUGAUCUGAAUUCGCACUGUGACUGCGGACUGAUUGCAGACCCGGAACUUGGCGAAUACGCGGUUACUGCAGAAGAUCAAGUCCUCCUGCUUUGCAGCGAUGGAAUCUGGGAGUUCGUAAGUCCACAGGAGGCUGUGGAGUUGGUUCUGAAGCAGAGCGACGCCGCCUCUGCUAGGGCUCUUGUUGAUGAGGCACGUCGUCGAUGGUUAGAGCGCGCUGACUACAUCGACGACAUCGUCGCCCUUGUCGUAAUGUCCACGCUUGUGUCUUCAGUCUUCCUUCCCGGCUUCGGUUCCAAGGCCGCCUCCACGACCGCGCCAGGCAAAGUUCCCGGGUUCAUAACAGAAGAAUGUCGGAGCCAGGCAGAGGACUUUCUAGUCUGGAUCUGGGAGCUGCAGACGCGGCAGGGCAUGUGCGCGGAGCUCGAACAAAAACUGAAAGCAGAGACCGAAAGCUUUCAAUCACAGCUGCAGGCCCUGACAAAUUCAAACGCCCUGCUUCGAAGGAGACUGCGCUUGCUGGACGAAACCGCGCGCAAACGGGGUGUAUCCUUGGCGUCGGAUGAGGAGCCUGAUUCGGACGAAGCUCAGACCCCAGCGAAGAAGCCAGAGGUUCUUCUCUGCGAGCAACUACUUGUGUCGGAAAGGAAGGCUGUUGAGGAUCUCCCGGUGCCGACCGUGGAGGAGUUGUAUGGUCACGUGCAGUUGAUCCUGGCAAAGCUGCAGAAGGCCCUGCUUAGAAAUCCGGCCAUGAAGAAGGGGCACGUGCAGGAGCUGCUAAAGAAGAGCGGAGAUGUGGUGAUAGAUGGAAGAUGGAAGGUAAAGUCCAUCCUCAGCUAUUCAAAGAGGAUGGUGGUGGCUCUGUGUCAGGACCUACAUGUUGGAAGCGAGGUCAUUGUCAAGAUGAGCCAGACGCUGGAAGCAAGCCUUCAACUUGCACAUGUGGACUAUGUCCUUCGCAUGCUCGCGAAUGUGCCGAUCGUUCCACAGGUCCAGUACUGCUCGAGUCCCUCGUCCUCCCUGCCCUUCCUGGUCAUGGAGCUUCUGCAGGGCUCCACGCUGGAUGUCCGCUUCCAGGAGACGGAGGCAAUGCUGGAGUUGGAAGCAGCAGAGAUUGGACACGCACUUCUCAUGGGCAUGGAUGCUUGCCACCAGCGUCAGGUCUUCAAUUUGGCUCUCUGUCCGGAGAAUGUCUGGGUUGGGCCGCCGCUUGAAGGCUCUCGAGUUCGAAUUCUGGAUUGGAGCAUCAGCGAGACCGGUGCUGCAGUGGUGGAGAACCCGAAGCUUUAUGCGUACAUAAACAUGCGAAAGACAGGCCUUCUUCGAGGCAAGAACGGUCCGACAUUGAUGAGCGGCGGGCAGGAGGUAUCUCCUUCCGAGAUAACUUCCAAGCGGGAUCGCAAAGGCUUGCUUCAGAAGUUGGUCUUCAACGGCCAUGGCAGUCUGUACUACAUGUCCAUGGAACAGUUGUACCAGACGAUCAGGUCCUUCGGAAGGGCGGGAAGUCCAGCAACAGUUUCGCAAAGUUGGUUUCAGCUUUCCUGCUUUGCUCGUGCAACUGUUGGCUUGGGCUUAAGCUCUGUCGAAUGCGGCAUGGCAUGCUGGGUAUCUGCCUGGGAAGAGCUGCAGGGCAGCUUUCGCAAAGACAAGGAGGUGCCAGCAACACGUGAGUGUUCGCCAAAAGGCCUGUCACCGCUCCGAGCGCUGUGGCAGGGCUUUUUGUCGCAUUGGCCGCUGAAUGUCCGCCGGCCUGCCACUAGCGAGGACACCGUGGCCUCCCUGCGCAGCUCGACAGGUGUCCAAAGACAGAGCACGCUGAAGCCACCGCUUCUCUCGAGGCUGCUUCCGACUCCAGUAGCAUCCACUUUGCUACAAAGGCACGAGGAGCGCUGGUUUCUGGAACAGCUUGGUGGAGAGGAAGCUUCUUCCUCGCUGGCAAGCCGGACAAAGUAUGGCUUCAUCGUCUCAGCAAUUUGCGUCGGCAUCGUUGGAAUACAGUACGUCGCUGCCUGGUUGCCGAUGCUGGCCAACCUUCGCCACAAGCUGAAUCUGCAGCGGAAGAUUCAGCACAUGGCUACAGGCCUGGCCCUUGCACAAAUCUUUCUUCUUUUUUCUGCGAAAGUCUGCACUCUGGCCUUGGGUGCGGGCAUCCUUGCUCUACUUCUUCUGCAAGUUGCUCGGGCAAUGUCCGAGAUGGUGAACCUGGAGUUCCUCAGGCUAUUUGGAUCCAUGCUGAAGCAGGAAGAGCGGCUCACUACGAGGCCGCCAGCUGCUGUUUAUUUCUUGGUGGGCCUUUUCCUGUGCUUGGUGACCUUCCCACGCCGCCUCACACUUGUCUGCACGCUUGUUGCAACGCUCGCUGACCCUUUUGCAGCGAUUGGCGGCACAGUCAUUGGAGGCCCACUUCUGCGGCUCCGCACCUCUCAGAAGAGCCUCGGCGGCUGCGUGACCUGUGUCUUU